AUGCGCUACUAUGCAACCACUACCUUAGAGAACUUAAACGCGAGCAUUAAAAAUCCAAUUCCAGACGAUUCCCAAUUUGAAUUCAAGUCGAUGAUGCUCCAAAUGCGUAACACUAUUGGCCAGUUUGCAAUACCCAAACAUGAGGAUCCACAUUCCCACCUUAAAUCUUUUAUCCAAGUGGCAAAUGAUUUUAGAUUACCAGGAAUAUCUGACGAUGCUUUAAGACUAAAAUUAUUUCCCUUUUCCCUUUCAGGUCAAGCAACUGCAUGGUUGAAUGCUUUUCCUCCAGACUCCACCAAUUUAUGGGGAACCAUGGUGGACAAGUUCCUUACAAAGUAUUUCCCACCCACAAAAAAUGCAGACGUGAGGGAGGAAAUCAUUUCCUUUAGGCAAAGAAAGAAUGAAGCGGUCGACGAAGCAUGGGAACGUUUUAAGGAGCUAAUGAGAAGUUGCCCAAACUUAGGAAUCCCGGCCUGUGUACAAAUUGAACAUUUUUAUCGAGGUUGUGAUAUACCAACAAAAAUGAUGUUAAACACAGUCGCGAAUGGAAAGUUGACUUUUAAGACAUACAACGAGAUCGUCACCAUUCUUGAUCAGUUAACUGAACAUAACGAUCUAUGGUACUCAGAGAGAUCGAGGAUUCAACCAAAGACCAUAGAUCAAGCAGGAGUGUUUAAUCUUGAUGCGAUGUCAUCAAUGCAGAGUCAAUUAGAUACCCUUACACAAAUGAUGAAGAAUAUGCAAGGGUACAAUCCCGCACCUACACCAGCAUCAACAACAAAUACCAAGCUUGCUCUUGUUUAUCAUAUGAUUGAGUCUAUUUGUUAUUAUUGUGGAGAUUCUCAUAAUUCUGAAAAUUGCCUAUCUAAUCCAGCUUCUUUAUGUUAUAUAGCGAAAGGGAAUCAAAUGAACUUUAAUCCUUACUCCAACACCUACAACCCGGGAUGGAGGCACCAUCCUAAUUUUCAUGGAGUGGGCAAUGGAGUUUCAACAAUGCGGGUCAAGUUCAAAACCAACAAUAUAAGACCUAUAACCCUCCUGGAGUCCUUGCUUUACCUCUACCUCCACAGCAAUAUAAUUAACAGAAUAAUGCACCACAGCCAGCGCAGUUUUGUUUGA